AUGAACACGGGGAAGUACCCUAUGGAUCAGCGGAUCGAGGACAAGAAGCGGGGCAUCGGGCGGCAAAAGUAUCCUGUAAUUGUAUGGGCCCUGACAAUUAUCAUGAUUGGCGUUUUCAUCAAUGAGCUAGUGGUGAACAGCAGAGCACAAGGUACCCCGGUAUCCUUCAAGCCAGUCGUAAACCCCAUGCUUGGGCCGUCAGAAAGUGCAUUGAUCAAUUUAGGUGCUCGUUUCCCACCAUGCAUGAAAGUUGUUCAAGGACUCCCUUUAACCACUCAAAUGGCUUGUCUCAAUGAUACCGCAAACCCGCCAGAUCGGCUUUGUUCGAUCGAGGACGUAUGUGGUUUUGGUGGCUUCCAUGGCGGUGAGCCCAAUCAGUGGUUCAGAUUCAUCACUGCCGUGUUCCUGCAUGCGGGAUUCAUCCAUAUCAUCCUCAACAUGCUCGCCCAGCUGACAAUAUCCGCUCAAAUAGAGCGUGAAAUGGGUUCCGCUGGUUUUUUUAUAACUUAUUUCGCGGCUGGGAUCUUUGGUAACGUGUUGGGCGGUAAUUUUUCACUGGUCGGCGCACCUUCACUAGGCGCCAGUGGUGCCAUCUUUGGUACAGUCGCGGUUACAUGGGUGGAUCUUUUUGCUCACUGGCAAUAUCAAUACCGACCUGGUAGAAAGCUCGCCAUCAUGACAGUGGAACUGCUAUUCGGUAUUGCUCUUGGGUAUAUACCUUGUACGUGUAUACUCAUCUACAUUUCAGCUCACCUGGGAGGCUUGUGCAUGGGUCUUCUCGUUGGCACAACCCUGUACCCCGUAAUCAGUCCAACGAAACGCCAUAAGCUCAUCAUGUGGGCUUUCCGGCUGGCGGCCAUACCAUUGGCAAUCGUCCUUUUCGUUGUCCUGAUUCGGAACUUCUAUACUUCAGAUCCAUAUGCAGCGUGCUCGGGCUGCAGGUACCUGUCAUGUAUACCUACCGCUUCUAACAAUCAUUGUCAAGGUACAGGUGUGUACUUUCUACUAUAA